AUGUAUGUGAAAUGGUUUGAUAGAGUAAUGUUAUACUAUGUGAUUUUAGUGAAUUUAGUGAAUGUCAUUUUCAAAUUUCCCACCGUUCUGUCCCCCAUACGUCCCGACGCUCGAAGGGGAUGGAACCCAGAUGACAGAUGCCGGCAUCCGCCGGAUUACAUUGCCGGGGACACUGCAGGAGGGACAUCGCGGGAGCGCAGGACAAGGUAAGUGAAGAAGAGAUCCCGGAGCAGCACUGCAUGGUAAGCCCGAGUGUAGCUCGGGGUUACCGCUUUUGCUACACUCGGGAUACCGUCAGGGAGGCUAC